AACGGUCCUUCAUCGAUGAGUUCGGGUGCUGUACCCCCGUGCUCGCUCGAUACUCAUCUCGUCCCGGGUGUCACCGCCGGAAUCCACGAGCAUUCCAUGGCCUCGACGGCUCUCCUAAACCCGGCUUUCGCUAUCCGCCCCUCGCCUUCCCUUCUCCGCCUUCCCAAACCCCACGCCACUCUCAUCUUCUGCGGCCCCCGGGACAACCGCGGCCCGCUCCGCCGCGGUCGGACCCUCAGCUCCGAGGCCAUCCUUGCCAUCCAGGCCCUCAAGCGCGCCCGCGGCGACGAGCACAAGGUCGAACACAUCGUCUCCACCACUCUUAGCCGACUUAUCAAGGCCGACCUCCUCGCCGCCCUCGCCGAGCUCCAACGCCAGGACCAGUGGCGCCUCGCCCUCACCGUCUUCGCCGCCGCCGGCCGCGAGCCCUGGUACAAGCCCGACUUCUCCCUCUACGCGGCGAUGGUCUCCACCCUGGCGAGGUGCGGGGUGGCGGAGGAGAUCGAUGUCUUGGUGUCGAAUUUGUUGAAGGAGAAGGAGAUGGAGGGAGGGAUCUCGUUGGAGGACAUCCGGGGACUCACCCAGCUCUCGAAGGCAUUGGUUGCGGCUGGGAGGGGGAAGGUUUUGAGGGACAUUUAUAGGGAGAUAAAGAGAGGGGGUUGCGACCCCGAUGAAUACUUGUUUAAGCUUAUGAUCAGAGGGUUGAGGAGAUUAGGAGAAGGAGAGGCUGCCGACGAGGUGGAGAAGGAUUACGAGCGGUGGUUUGAGGGUGGUGCAUUGACCCAGCCGCUACCUGUUUGAUGAAAUGUUUCACCGAGCAGUAAGGUUAGCUGCCUUGUGGUGGAUCUCCAACCCUGGUGCUCUUUCUUCCUGAUGUGUGAUUCAGUAGUAAACUCCAACCCAGAGAUCAGUUGGUUGAGUAGGCUAUAUAUAUAUAUAUAUAUAUAUAUAUAUUCUGGAGUCAUGUAUAGAUGGAAAACUUAUUACAGCGCGAUAAGACAAUUUCUUUACAACAUGUAGCUCUUCUUUUCCCUCUUUCCUGAAGAAGUUUAGAUGCUUAGGAUUUGAUAUGUUUCAUGAUAGUUGCAUGUUUUGAUUCCAAAUGUAUAGCUUUUAAGUGGAUU